AUGAUCAGAACAUCAUCUAUAUUAAAAAACUGUAACUAUAGAUACAUACAUUGCAUCCAUAGAUGCUUGCUGAAUGAAGCCAAUUUGAAAGAUAGAAAAACUCACAACGUAGAAAGAGUUUCAAAUGAAAAGACAUUUGAACAAGCUCUCGAAGAGGAACGUAAGGUAUUUGGAGAACUAUUCGAAGCUGGAGCAAGGGUUGAAAACAUGAGGCACACUAAUGCUAGCAAAAUAAUUGACAAGUAUUACAAUGGGCUACAGGACAACUCCGAGGGAACUAGUGUAAAAAAAGAAAAAAUUGUUUUUAACCACAGUCAAAGAGCUCAAAGGAAGCUUCCAAAUAAGGACCAUGAAUUCCUGAAGGAAACAGCAGGCAAUGACUAUGUCUACGAACGGGCAGAACCUUCUGCUAUUAGCACUAAAACGAUAAGUGAGCAGACAAGAACUUUGCUGGAAAAGAUAUUUGACGAAGAUAAUAGCAUUAAUAAAAGCAACAGAGAAUUGCUGAAUCUUAAUCUGCGCAAGGGCUCGGGAAUGGAAGCUUUGAGGCAGCCAGUUGCACAUUCCAACGUCAAAUUUAGCGAGGAAGUGAUGCAAGAAAUUGGUAAUAAGAUUCGGUACCAAACCACACUGGAUCAGGUUUUAGAACCUCACAUUGACUACUUGAGGGAAGCUGUUAAAAGUGAUUACGAUCUUUUAAGAUACCUAAAGCAAUCACUAGACAUUUACAAGAAAAGGAACAAAGACCUAGAGUUAAAGAUGAAUGCAGAAUCUUCAAACAUUUUCGAAGACAUUAGAAGUGCGUGUAUAAAUAAACCGGCAGAACUACCGAAACCGCUUGCAAUGACUUUACCAUAUAUUAUAGUCAAAUCGCUUAGAUUAGGUGACUUUGAUUUCCCGGCAGACAGAAAGUACACAUUGAUCUCCUAUGUUUAUAAUGAAUGUAAAAACAACAUGGACGCUUCACUGUACCUAACAAUUUGUAAUGUUGAUUUCUACAAUUUGCUGGUUCAGCUAUUGUGGGAAAACUUCCAGGAGAUUCGCUACUUGAGACGUGUGGUUACCGAGAUGAGCGUUAAUGGUGUCAUCGGAAAUAUUGAAACCGUGGAUAUAUUGGAUAAGAUUGUCAAAGAAAUGAGAAGUUUAAAUGAGGAUGUCUUUCUUGAAGCAGGAGAACAGCUCAGUGCAGAUGAGGAAGUUUCGUCCAGCGCAAAUAAAAUAGUGAAUGUAGGUGUUUUAUGGAAUAAAGACACGAAUAAUGACUUACUAAUUGUUGAAAAUUAUCUCAAAAGCCUCAAAAAAAAUUUAACUAGAGACAGGUAG